GGGCUUGUUCAAAAUCCCAAAAACUUAUAAACACGUAUGUCAGCAAUCUGCCACCAGCAUUCCAACUGCUUCUUCAGAGCGAAGUGGAAAAACACAUCUAGAGAUUGCAAGACAUUCCCAGAAACUCAGUCUCCUCAGCUAUCUGUUGCACGUCGGAACUGCAGCAAUUCAUACAAAACUUGCUUUUCCUCUUUGCUCAGCUACAAGUUGGCGGGUUGCUCCUCCCCGUGGGAUCUGGAGAGCCAGCAGAAAAGAGAUUAGUUGGCACCCAAAGUAUUAUUUCACUCCCCCUCGCAGUCUGUUUGCGAAGUAGUCCCAGAGUAAAGUUCUGUGUGUGCCUUGCUCUCUCUCCAAUCACAUGCUAACACUAAGAAUGUUGCAAAGAUGGCGGUAGUAGCAACAGCAGCAGUGGUUCCUAGCCGGGGGGCGCCUCUCAUCAGUGGCGUGGUGGAGGUUUUGGUGCGGGACCGCUGGCACAAAGUACUGGCCAAUUUGAGCGAGACUACUCUCACACUUAGCUGUGAGGAGCAUGCAGAAAACGCAGCGUUCAAUGGCAUUACUAACGGCUCUUCCUUCAGUGCCCAAAGUGGCAUCCAACAGUACCCGGAGCAGGGUAGUAACAGCCCCAACGCUGGGGUGCGCACCACCUUCACAGAUUUACCCGAGCAAGUACCGGAGGCUAUUGCCAACAAGAAGAGGUCUGUAAAAGUGGUGAAGCAGGACGUAGGUGGCCUUGGCAUCAGUAUCAAAGGUGGUCGAGAAAACAAAAUGCCAAUCCUGAUCAGCAAGAUCUUCAAGGGACUAGCAGCGGACCAGACGCAAGCGCUGUACGUGGGGGAUGCUAUCCUGUCGGUGAAUGGCAACGAUUUGCGGGAUGCCACGCACGACGAGGCAGUGCAAGCACUGAAGAGAGCUGGCAAGGAGGUGCUGCUGGAAGUGAAGUAUAUGAGAGAAGCAACACCUUACGUGAAGAAAGGGUCACCUGUUUCAGAGAUUGGAUGGGAAACCCCACCCCCAGAAUCCCCUCGGAUAGGAAGCACUGGCUCUGAUCCUCCUUCACCCCAUUUCUUCUCCAUCCACGGUGACAGAAAACACAUCCCACUCAAGAUGUGUUAUGUUACCAGAAGCAUGACUGUAGCUGACCCAGAAAACGUAAGAUUGGAGAUUCAUACUCCAAACAAGAAGUAUUCUGUUGUGGUAUUCAGUAAAGAUGAGAAUUCUGCAGAGGCUUGGCAUUCCAACCAAGGGGAAAUUGUUAACAGAAGAGUCUGUGAUUGUCGUGAAGAGCUGGGAAAAGUCAAUGAUAAUGGCAGCAGAAUGAAAAAAAGUCUUCAGUGGCUGCAGGAGAAGGUGCCAGGAGACCUUGAAAAACAGUGGAAGCCAGUUCUAGUUGUUUUGACAGAAAAGGACCUUUUACUUUACCCUAGCAUGCCUCGUAUGAGGGAAGCCUGGUUUAAUCCAACACACACAUACCCUCUUUUGGCUACAAGACUGGUCCAUUCUAGUCCUGGAAAGGAGUCUCCAAAGCCUGGUGUAGAGCUGUCCUUUGCUACUCGCACUGGUACCAGGCAGGGCAUUGAAACUCACCUGUUUAGAGCUGAAAGCAGCAAGGACCUAUCAAUAUGGACAAGGCAUAUAGUACAAGGGUGCCAUAAUGCAGCUGAACUUACUAAGGAAAUCACAACUCCUUGUACAUAUAAAAAACAGAAGUGUCUGUUAGCUGUUCACUAUGAACAGGGUUUCUCCAUUUUUGCUGAAACAGAGGAUGGGGUAAGAUCCAAACCCCUUUUGCAGCAACCAUAUGAGAAGCUGAAAAUGUCUUCAGAUGAUGGAGUUAGGAUGCUGUUUCUGGAUUUUGGAGAAGAUGAAGGAGACAUUACAUUGGAUCUUCAUUCCUGUCCAAAGCCAAUUGUAUUUAUCAUCCACUCAUUCCUGUCUGCCAAGGUAGCACGACUUGGUCUAGUAGCAUGAACUAACAUACAAGCUAUUACAUGAAAGCAAGAGAUGUGGUGCACAUCCAGAGAAUACUUGACUUCUAGAAAUAUACAAGGAAUUUGAUAUUUUCCAGAGUGCAAAGUCACAAGAGCUAAUUGCAGCCUAGGAGAAGUCAGAUGCUCAUCGAACUUAGAGCUCGGAACAAAAGAUUUGUAGCAAAGACAGUCGAUUAUAGACUAGCAGACAAAGUGCAAGCUGGGCAGAACAUUUAAAAUGAUCUUCAGUGUCAAUUAUUUGUUCCAGGACUUGUGCUUGCUUACCCUUAACUUAUGCAAAGAACCAAAGUCUUUGUAUACCUGCUAAUUGUGCAGUGUAGCCACUGUAGACUUCCACAGGUCCCUACCUCACACCUUACUGCUGCAUUCUAUUGCAGCUGGUGAUUGGCAAUGUGAUUAUCUGUCUGUCCCUAGAAAAUAUGCAGAUCAUUCCAUAACAGAUGCUGUAGUGUGAUGGGCAUGUAUUAAAUACAUGCUGAAAGCCACAAUUUGUCAAAAUACCACAUUCCAUUAGAAACAAAAAUGGCUGGAUUGGUGGGCCAUUUAUUCUGACCAUGUUACAAUGUACAGCAGGAAGAGAGACUUGACGUGAUCACUUGAAUUCACUGUUCUUUAUACAGUGGUUCACUUAUUUUAUUUCUGCACAAUUUUAAACAGCAAUUUUUUUUUGUGAAAGCAGAAUGCUUUUGGCUUGUUGACAAGGUGUGUCACAGUAGAUUUUUGAGCAGACAUAGAGGUAUUGCACCACAACAUUGAAAAACUGACAUAAUGAACUGCAAAAUUCACUAAAACUGGCGCAUUGCUCAUUGAAAGAACUGGUGUUAUGUCUUCCUCACUAAAUGGCUGAAUCAGGUCAUAUUCUGAGCUUUGUAUUUUGAUUGAUGGACAGCAGAUUAUUUUCACCAACAGCACCCCCAGAACACGCAUAUAUGCAUUCUUAUUUGUUGUAUCAAAUUGUGCCUUUUGUUUAAUAGUAAUAAUUAAGGGAAAAAUCUGUACUGUUAAUCUGGCAUGUUAAUUCAGUAAAAUGAUUAUGAACAACUCUUAUAAAUUUGAGUUAUGAAUUUA